CUUGAAAUCUAACGAAUCGCAUUGCUUCAUAACAAUAUCACAAAUCUUCACAAAUAUUCUGGGCAAGUAUUUUUUUUUCUUUGACUACUAGACACGCUAAUCGGAAUAAAAUUUCCACGCGUCGGACUCUUGAGGAUUCCAAAGAUAAUGGCGGUCGUUGCUGAUUGGAUGAAGGCGGGAUUGAUGUUUGAGUUCCGACAGCAGCUUGACCAAUAAGAAGCCGUGUCGCCUGGAAGUAUCAACCAAAUUCGCCCGCAACAGCGACGGCCGACGGCUGACGGGCUUCACAAGUUCAGCACACGCCGACGGAAUAGAGCACGUACGAGAUUAGCUUUGCUUUAAAAAAAGCCGGCCAAAAAAACGACAAGAAUUCUUACCAGAAAAAGACGGCUUUUCGGGAAUUUGUGAUUUUACCAUGAUUGCCGUGCCGUGGUGCAGAGGAAAUGUCUGAAAGUGCCGUAAACACGAACGCGAUUAGCACUGAGACGGAUUCACGCACGAUCACUUCUUUGAAYACAGAUAUUCAAGGCAACCAAAAAGACAUCGCUGAUUCUAGCCUCACAGUUAUAAUGCCGUCGAUAGUUCAACAAGAGUGUGCCAGUGUAUCCGAGAAAAAUGAACUUAUUUUUAAAUUAGAACCUGGCACUGAAAUUGUAGAAAUUGGAGCGUCGCCUGGCCACGAAACAACCGCUCAAUUUGAAAAUGACGCCUGCAGUGGUACAGAUACAGCUGCAUUUGUCGGAGAGGAGCCUUUGGAAAUACAAUGCGGAGAAAAUACAGCUUUAUUGUAUGUCUCAAAGCUAUGCCAAGGCAGCAAAGGCCCCUGUAUUCUUUUCAACAACGAAUGGUUGACGCCGAACGAACUGCAGUAUAUUAGUGGAAGAGAGACGGCGAAAGAUUGGAAACGAAGCAUAAGGUUUAAGGGCAAGUCCUUAAAAAGUCUCAUUGCACGAGGUUUGAUCAAAGUUCACCCUCCAAUCUGUGACUGUCUGGGCUGCAGGAUCUCUUCACCAGUGAAUCGUGGCCGUUUGGCAAGUAAGUGUGGGGUGGCUCCCCCUUCCCCACGUCGCAAGAGAGAUGCAACAAAGUCGCUAUCUAGCUGGACACGAGAGGAAAUAGACGAAGCCUCYUCKCACAGGCACUUCUCUACAUCUGACAUCGAAAAUUUCUCCCAACAUGCAAUGAUUAAUGGGUACAAGGAAGCCAGACCAGCUUCAAACUCGUCCACGGCUUCAGAGAGUUCUGAAUUACAUGAUGAUAACCCCUUUUCGCCUGCUACUAAGGGUGGUAGCACUUCGGAUGGUCAUGUUAUUGCCCCAGGAAAAGAUGAUUAUGACAAGGCGUUAUCCUUACAACGAAUGAUUCAACUGAAUCAAGAACAAGACUCAGACGCGAGUAAAGAUCCAAGCGCACACAACGACAACAGUGACAAGGCAAGGAGUGCCUUUAGGAGCGUUCAACAAGAUUCUAUGACGCCUAUAGUGAACGAUAACGAAGCCAAAGACAUCGCAUCCCGUGCUGCUAAAAUCAAACAAAACAAACAGAGUACAGGAGGAGCUUCCAGUUCAUCUUUCCUUCCUUCCUACAACCAAUACMCUGCAGGYCCAGGUAUGGUCAGCCCUACGUCACCACGACUAGUCCCAGAUCACUUACUCUUCGGAAACCCACACGGCACUAACCUAUACCAUCAUGCAUUUCGAGGUACAGGUUUUCAUGGAGUUCCACAAUUACCGAGGAAUCUAAUGCAGUACAGGUUAAUGACUUCCGCCGGUACGGGCAGCUCGUCACAAAGUCCCCUGGCUGGUCUUUCACUACAGGGCCAACUACAAAUGAUGCAGGAGGUGGCCGCUAUGAAUGGUGGGAAGGCUUUUGAUAAAAAGCGACCGACAGAGGAAAACGGCAUCCCUCACAAACGCCGACGAUCUUCAAACGAACAUUCCGACGAUAAGAGCAAUAAUUCGGUUUUUUCCGAUGACGAGAGCAGUUCUCCAAAAAAGGACAAUAGUUUCCAUAGCGACAAGAUAAGUCACGURAGUGUUAUMCAUAAAAGUCCUGCUAAUUCGCCGCUGACCAUUGAUGCGGGCUCAGAAACGAAAAAUCGCACGGAAAACGGUUCUUACAGGCCUCAUAGACUUAUUCCUAAGCUGCGGUUAAACACAGACGAAAGUGUUAUUCACUGGGACGUUAAUCAAGUCUGCGAGUUUGUUUCUUCGUUGACGGGUUCAUCAGAGAUUGUGAACGAAUUCAAAGAACAAUGYAUUGAUGGGCAAUCGCUAAUUCUACUCAAAGAAGAACAUUUAUUGAACAAACUAGGCAUUAAACUGGGGCCUGCGUUGAAAAUACUCGCACAUGUAGAAAAACUAAUUGAGAAAAUACCUACAGACRGUCAAGUAGCAGACGGAAGUGAGUCAGUAUAGAAGACCUCGGAACUAGUGCUCAGCGGUGAUAACGCCUGUAGAGUUCAAACACUAAAACCGUGAAAAGCUUUAGUAAUAGUGCUAAAGUUUACUGAAUAAUGGGACCUUUUUUGUUUUCUAUUGCAUGAAUGAGUUCAUUAAACCCGUGAAACAAAAUUUGACUGUUCAUAUGUGAUAGUCAAAUAGACACAAAAGAAAACAAUGCAAUCAGAUCAUGCUACGAUGUACCAGUGUAAUAUCUAUUUCACGGGUUUUUGACUUCUUUCUAGUACUUUUCCACGCUUUUAGAGUUUGAGCUCUAACAAUUCGUGCAUCGACACUAUACGGUCUUUGCAAUGGACCAUUGCACGAUUGCGUCAUUUUACUUACAAGACCAGAACAAAUUCACUUUCUUGUUAAAGAUUUUGGUCGUUGUACGUGUGACUACUUCGACUGACUCAAGCGGUGGUCUUGGAAGUAUGUGACGUAAUAAUAAUAAAUGAGCUAUUUUCAGACUGGUUCGAAACCACAGGAAAUCCARACAUUUGCACAAGAGAAUGGAUUUUCAAUGAAGUAUAGCAAUUUUUAUAGAAACUCGUGUAUUAUUGCGCCAUCCACGAGUUAAAAGACUUUAAGUUGUAUUCCACACUCAUUCACAAGGAGGAUAACGUUCAUUUCGCAAAGGAUCUUUGUACUGUAUGGCAUUSGCCAUCUCGAUACUCUAGUCAGUACCAUAAUGCACUUCGACAAAACAACCAUGACGUCAUAGGAUAUAACUAUUACUACGUGACGACUUUGCUAGCGUGACRUACCGAUUUGGAGUUAAGUUUYGCGUUUUACGAUAAUUUUUUACCAUGCGUYAACGUGGCGUAAACCGUGCAAUUAAAACGUGYAUAGACGUUUAGCUACGUGUUCCGUUGUCGGUGUUAACGUAAGCGUGCUGGUCACGCACAAUAYUUUACGUGAUCAUAUUCAAAUAGCGUGUGUUUUAUUUAAUUUUACGGUAGAGAUUUAUACGUAUACCUAAUUUAAUUAUUUAAUCAAAAUACUUUACUAAAGAAUCAUGGCUAACCGGCAUCCAUUGCGAGCUUUUGUUUAUAUUUAAGAGUAAAAAUAUGCAUCGAAAUAAAAACUUACUCUUUAUUAUCCCUUUAUGCUGUGUCAAUAAAGAUGUAGUAAGAAUCGGUUUUAAAACUGACAGAUGAAAACAAAUUUAUUGCAAAUGGAUAUUUAUCACCUCAUUUUCCAUAUAUAAAAAAUGUAAAACACGACCGCAUUGCAUGCCGGUAGAAGGUGGCCCUUUAGUAAAAUCAGAAAAAGAUUGAUARACAAUAAUCUUGACCUUUUUCCAUGUUAUUAAAUUGGGUAUACAAAUGGUUUUCAUUCGCUCACUGUAAAUUAAAAAUAAUUGAUUAAAAGAUAUAAGUAAUUACUUUC